AUGUCUUUAAUACCACCAAUACAACAAUGCUUCUCCUCUCCGUAUGACAAAACCGCAGCGCCAGUAAACUGUCUGCUGCAAAUGCAGGCGUCGACGGUGACAGAGGCGACGAUAACGACCAAAACACGAGCAGCAAAAACGAAAACGUUGCAGAAUAUCAAUGCCGCCAACCAUGGAUUAAAUCAAGACCAACAACAACAAGAACACCAGCAUCCUUAUCCACUGAGACCAUGUUAUUGUUGUUGUCGUAGCCAUCAUCACCACCAUCAUUAUCAUCAGCCACCACAAAAUCAUCAACAACAGCAACAACGUAACAUCGCCACCAUUACCACCUCUACUGCUGCGACAGCUUUUUCGACGGCCAACAAUAACAACAAUAGUGUCGCGUCCAAAUGCUGUUGGCGACAUGGAUUUUCGUGGUUGUUGUCGUCAUUGUUUGCAGCUCCCCUGCUAACAUCAUUGUUGUCGCCGCCGUCAUCAUUGUUUGCCGGCAACAAAGUCAGACAACGUUAUUCUACUGCUGAUGGCGUUGGAGGUGGUACCGGUGGUGGUGGAAGUAAAACAUUUGCGUUUCGUCUGGCGUCUUUGCAAAAACUACAUUUUGUCAUAUUCCUGCUGUUCAAUUUACUGUUAAGAACGUGCUGUGGCCAACUCCUGAUAAAUGUACAAAAUCAAGGUGGAGAAGUUAUACAAGAAAGCAUUACAUCGAAUGUUAGCGAAGAUCUGAUCACAUUGGAAUUUCAAAAGAGCGAUGGAACGCUGAUAACGCAAGUUAUUGAUUUUCGAAAUGAGGUACGCAUUCUAAAAGCCUUGGUCCUGGGCGAAGAGGAACGUGGCCAGAAUCUCUAUCAGGUGAUGUGUUUUGUAACGAAAUUCAAUAAAGGUGAUUUUAUAUCCUCUGAUGCAAUGGCCAAGCUGCGCCAGAAGAAUCCAAGUACAAUACGUACCCCGGAGGAAGAUAAAGGCAAAGAUACAUUCACAAUGACAUCAUGGGUACAUUUAAAUCGAUCACAGCCUAUAUCACGACAUUUAGUGACAUUAUGCAAUGAAGCCUUGGAUGCCACAUAUGUACGAGAUGUUGAUCUCAAGGCAUGGUCUGAAUUACCAGGUUCCUCAAUAUCCAGCCUUGAGGCUGCCACAGAAAAAUUCCCCGAUACUUUAUCGUCACGAUGCAAUGAAGUAAGUAGCUUGUGGGCACCCUGUAUAUGCACUCUAGAAACAUGUAUUGGUUGGUAUCCUUGCGGUCUGAAAUAUUGUAAAGGUAAAAAUGGUGGCGAUAAUUCGGCGGCGGCAGCAGCAUCCAAUUAUCGCUGUGGCAUUAAGACAUGUCGUAAAUGUUCUCUAUUCUCGUAUUAUGUUAGACAAAAACAACAAUGCCUAUGGGAUGAAUGACGAGAACUGCAACAAUUUCGGUUGCCAACACAAACG